AUGAAUUUAAUAAAAGUAAAUGAAAUUAAACCAUACUCAAAGAAUAUAAAUUGUGUUUUCAUAGUAUUGGAUAAAGGACCACCAACAAAGAAAAAAGAAGGAACAAUAUAUCAAGUUUUAGUUGCAGAUUCUACAGCGUCUAUUAAUAUGACCGUUUGGGAUGCAUUAGGAGAACAAAUUCAACCUGGUGAUAUUUUAAGAUUAAAAGGUGGUUAUUCAAAUAUUUACAUAGAGUUGUUAAAUCUUUAUGUUGGUAAAACUGGUAUAAUUGAAAAGAUUGGAGAAUUUACAUUUCCAUUUGUUGAAGCACCAAAUUUAAGUUCAACACUUUGGAAUGUUCAUCAAGAUCCAAAUAAUCCUAAAAAUAUGGUUGCAACACCAAAACCUUCACCCCAUAAACAACAACAACCAAUGCAACAGCCCACUCCACCUAUGACUCAUCAAAUGAAACAACCACCAAUGCAACAAAUGAAACAAUUACCUUUACAACAACAACAACAACAACAACAACAACAACAACAACAACAACAACAACAACAACAACAACAAUAA